AUGGGUCGUGGAAAGAUCGAGAUAAAGAAGAUCGAGAACUCCAAUAGCAGGCAAGUUACAUUCUCCAAGAGGCGUCAAGGUCUGCUGAAGAAGGCCUACGAACUGUCUGUUCUUUGUGAAGCGGAUGUUGCCGUCAUUAUUUUUUCCAGCACUGGGAAGCUUUUUGAGUUCUCCAGUUCAAACAUGCAGACCAUACUUUCAAGAUACAGCAAGAGUAUGGGCUCUUCACAGGUUUCUACACCGGAAAUGAAGCCGGAGUUUUACCAGAAGCAGGACUCGAAGGAAAUGGAUGUUCUCAAAGAGGAGAUAGAAAAGCUGCAAAUGAAGCAUUUGCAAUUGUUGGGUAAAGACCUUACUGAGAUAGGCUUACGAGAAUUGGGAGAGCUAGAACAGCAACUAAAUGAAGGGCUCUUAAGCAUAAAGGAGAGAAAGGAACAAAUAUUGAAGGAGCAACUUGCACAAUCAAGAUUGCAGGAACAACGAGCCAUGCUGGAGAAUGAGAUUUUACUCAAACAGGUUGAAGACCUUCGAGGCUGCUUUCCAUCCACCAGCCCUAGUAAGCCACUUUCUAAUGAGAACCACCCGGUGGAUUCUGCCAUCAGAGUAGGCUCUGUAAGUCCUGAAACAGUAAGGAAUUUAGGACUUGUAGAAGACGAUUCAGAUACCACCUUGCAAUUGGGGCCCCCGACUGGGGUUUGUCGAAAGAAGAUAAGGAUGCCCUGA